GUCAAAUGGAUCAAAGUGUCAAGCUCUCUAGAAUAAUUGACAAGAUUUCCUAGGCAAAUCCGACAAGUCCACAUUGUGUUGUAUUAACGUGGUCGGCGCGGUCUCAACUCUCACAAAAUGAAUCCUAGAAAACGGAAAUCAACUUCUGGAACUUCCGAAGGGUCUAGAACUAAGAAGGUUAAAAAAACUAAAAACCAACCGAAAGAUGAUCCAAGCACAUUGCUGACCGAUGUAUGCAGUGAUUGUUUGGCUAUAAUUUUUGAUUAUCUGGAUAUCGACGAUCUCACUGCUGUGGCCCAGACCUGUGUAAGAUUCAAAGAAGUGGCUGCUAAUAUUUUCUUCCGAAAGUUUAACAAUUCAAUUGCUGAACGUUCUCAUCGAGGAUCGAAGAUCGUUAAGCUGGUAAAAAUUCGAAACAUAUUGAAGUCGUUCGGUGACGAAAUGUGUUCACUUGAAGCAUCCUCGAUUGAUGCAUGGCAAUCGGAUAAGCCAAACGACCCACGGAUCUUGCAACUAAUCAAGAAAUAUUUCUGCGGAAACAUUGACGAUAAAGUCAUCGCCAGCGAAGGAUUUCAGAAAGAAUUGCAACUAAAAGAAUUCCAUUUCGACGAGUCCAUGGUCGAAAAGGCGAAUUUUGUUUUCGCGCGAUUGUCGAAGCUGAAACUAACGAAAUGCAAGCUCUUGGGUGGUACCGAACAGUUAUUCGCUAACUGUGCGAAUUUGACAAAGUUAAAAUUGGAUUUUGUUCACACGAAUCCAGCAGUUGUGUUUGAGUAUGUUGGAAGGGCGAACGGAAGAAGAUUCAACAAGUAUGUGACGAGCGCCAAUCCAGAUCCAUGCUUCGAUCAUUGCUUCCCAAAGUUGACAUCCUUUUCGAUGAAGUCCAUUACUACUGCAAGUGCUGAUGAUCUCGACAACUUUCUGUCAAAAAAUCCUCAACUCAAAAAGCUGAAGAUCGUUGAAUGUCGACAAUUUAACGAUGUCAUUCAGUCGGUUGUGGACCACGUUCCACACAUUGAAAAGUUGAACGUCAAUGCCAAAUGUAUCAGAAAGAAGGAAUUGCUGCAAUUGAUGCAACUGAACAAGUUGGUGAUACAAUUUAACAAAGGGAAGCAUGAAAAUGUUUACAGCGCACUGAAAGGAGUCGCUAGAGGUGGGAUCUUGCUCGACACGUUGAGAUUGAUUGAUUUCCAACCAUCCGAGAAACUGGUCAAGACCCUAAUCGAAUUUAAAACACUGAAGCGACUGGAAUUGGUCGUCAACAGCUUUCCGGAAUCGAGUCGAUCAAUGUUGUCCGAACAACUUCAGCAAACAGAAGUAACAGUUGUAAGCGCUGCAUAGAUUUGUAUCCUCAUACCAACACAUUGUAUUAUUUGUUCGCUUGUGCGAGUCGUGAAUUAUUUUCUUCUUAUUUUUCGGUUCAGUCAUUUUCUUGUAAUGAAAAUUGAACUGAGCUGUUUCCUAUUUCGUUUUUCCUUUGUUUUGUUACAACAAUUUCUUCAAACAUAAUUCUGUCUGUUAUGUCGCAAAGAGUAUAAUAUUUAUGUUGAUAAA